CUGACUCCACAAAAAGGUCAGUUAUUUUUGACUGGACACUCCCUACCACAGCAACAUAGCAGAGCUGCUUAAUCAAAAUCCUGAAAUAGCAGCCCCUACCCAUCUUUUAGUCUUCUAGUUAGCUGGCUGUAAACUGCUAGAGAUCAGACAAGAGGAAAAUCUGAUCUCAACCUUGGAUUCUAUUUGUUUCAUAUUUUCGGGUUGAUGAUGAAGUUAAGCAUUGGAAUAUUUUUUGGUGGUCUCUUUGGUGCUCUUGGAAUUUUAGUCUUUUUGGUAGCAUUUGGAUCCGACUACUGGCUUCUUGCCAAAGAAGUUGACAAAUGCUCAGGAAAUCAAGGAGCUGAGGUUAGUGGUACUGAGCCAGCCCUUUUGCAUCAUGAGGGUUUCUUUUGGAGAUGCUGGUUUGCCAUGGAUGUAGGACCAGAUAACAACAGCAUGGCAGCUUUUUGGAUCACCAAUCAAGCCCCAACAAAGAACUGCACGCACGCCUACCUGUCUCCAUUUCCAAGGAGUAGGGAUAACAGUAAUUCCACGGUGUACCACUCAGCAGUAGUAUAUCGUGGAUUUUGGAACAUAUUUAUGCUUCUUGGCAUAGUGACUGUUGUUGCAGGAGGUUUCUUCAUCAUAUGUGCUGCGCCUUUCACAAACCACAGGCUGUAUAAAGCUGGAGGGGGUCUCUUUAUCACUUCUGGUAUAUUUUUCACCUUUGUUGUUAUCAUGCAUGUCAUCUGGGUACAGAGUGUAUCAGAUGUGAAGGGUUACCAGGAUACGAGACAAGAGGAUUGCCCAGGCUACACAGUGGACAUUCGCUACGGGUGGUCCUUUAUGCUAGCUCCAUUCGGAAUCUUUUUCUCUCUUUUGGCAGGAAUGCUCUUUCUCUUAGUAGGACAUACCAUUUUCUUGCACAUAAAAUAACGUUAAGUAAAGCAGCUUUGAGGCUUCACCCUGAAAACUUUUCAUAAUAUCUUGAAUGAUAAUGGACACAGCAGUUAGUGUGUAACUACUUUUCUUCCUAAUACUUUUUUUUUGAGGAUUGACAAUGUUUUAUUUCUGUAUCUGAGCUGCAGCAUGUCAUAUAAAUAACUUUGUUUAUUAUGUUACUGUAAGACCAAAUGGUAGAGAAGUUAGCAAUCAGAAGCUGUAUUAUAUCUGUUAUAUUUUCUGUAAUUUCUGAAAUGUGUUUAAUAGAUUAUUGAGUGAAGACUGAGGGUGUAAUUUCAUCUGCUCAUAUGCUGCUUGUUCUCAUCCUAAGGAUCACAUAAACAUACUUCUUGGUGCUUAAAAUAGAGUACAGUUGUUCAUUUGGUUUCAGUGC